CCACCAAUGAAACUGCUCUGUGGAGAGGACUUCCUGUUUGGUGGUGUGAAGUUGAAGAACAGACUCGUGAACGGCUGUCACAAAACACUGUAAGAGCAAUGACUGGAGGACAACUUCUGGACAUGGAUCCAGAGGACCAUAGUGAGACGUCACAACAAACAGUAGCCAGUGAUGAAGAGCACAGGGUGGAAGACCAGGCCUCUCCCUCUGUCAUUGAGAUUAAUGACUCAUUGACUGAAUGUGAGGAAGACAUGAGGCCCGAUCUAGUGCAGAUGGAGGAGAAGGCUUUUGUAUCGGGUCUGCACUCUUUUAUGAAGGACAGAGCUACACCCAUAGAGAGGAUCCCACAUCUGGGCUUUAAGCAGAUUAAUCUUUGGAGAAUCUACAAAGCUGUGGAGAAACUUGGAGGAUAUGAUUCAGUGACGGCGAGGCGUCUCUGGAAGAAAGUUUAUGAUGAGCUGGGAGGAAGUCCAGGAAGCACCAGUGCUGCCACCUGCACACGCAGACAUUAUGAAAAGCUUGUGCUGCCUUUUGAAAGACAUAUAAAAGGUGAGGAAGAUAAACCUCUGCCUCCCAGCAAACCACGGAAGCCGUACAAGAGAACUUUAGACAGUAAGCUCAACAAGCCUGAGAAGAAGAAGAAAAGGUCCCAGUUGGAGAGUGAGAUGGAUUCAGAGGGACAUGCCCAGGAAAGUCCAGAAGCUGCCUGUCAAAGUGAAGCAGUAUCACAUCCUCACCACGCACUCUGGAGCUCUGAUCGACUUCAUCUGGACAGCUCUCAGCCAAAAAGAGCCAACAACACUACCAUCUAUACUCGCCUUGUCCCGGUCCCCACAUCCAGCCCCUGGGCGGUUCAUAUCCCAUCUACUGUCGGAGAGGUCAUCUCCCCUCUAGAGAAAAAAAAGCGGAUGGCUCAGGCUAGUCUGAACUUACCUCCAAGUCCUCAAAGUGAGGACAAAGAAAGGCCCUCCGUCAUUCACUGCUCACAGUCUCCAUCUCGGGCUUCUUCCAACCAAAACUACAACUCCUCUGAUGGCUCCCCGCUGCCUUUAUCCUCCUCCUCUUCUCGCAGCCCCUCCCCUUACUCUGUGUCAUCAGAGGAUGGUCCUGAAGGGAGUGAAGAUAAACCUGCAACCGAACUGCCCAAAAACUGUUCCAGCUCAGCCAAGAAUGCAUCCAGCAGCAGUGUAGACAGCAAGUCUGCAGGCUGUUCUCAGGUAUCUAAAGAUCCUGUAGGACAGAGGAAAGGUGUUCCUCAAGCCUGUGCCCAGUCUGCAGAUUUGAUCAAAGUCCAGAUUAAAGACACAGCCUGGGGGCCAAUCCUUAAAGAGGGCGGUAAAUAUAUCACCCAUCCUUUUCAUCCACCCCCUUCUUAUGUGAUGCCUGGCUGGCCAACAUCUUCCUCUAGUUUCACCAAAGUUAUUCCCAAAUCUGUGCAGCUCCUUCGACCAGCGCCUAUUCGGCCAGGUUAUAAAAUCCACCAGGACAGGUCGAUGAAGCAAGACGACUCACAUACUACUCCCAAGAAGCAGAACAACAUGGCUCCUUGGAUUUAUCACACAGAGAAGAGGGACAAAUCUAGAACAAUGCGACAAAAAGUUCCCCUGACCCAGCAGAGUGUGCCUCAUUCUGUCUCCAGUAUACCGGUGUCAACUGUUCUGCCAAGCUUUGAGAGAUCAGGGCGAGACCCUCGGCACCAAUUACACCCUGCAUUUCUCCACCACAGAAUGAGACUACCUGAAUCUCAGCUAAUGUACCGUCAUGUCCUGCCUCAUUCUGGCUCUGCUGUCUACCCUUAUCCCUACUCCAUUCCUCUGUUGAACCCCCAAUUUGGAUAUGCCCUACCUGCCAUGAGUCCCAUCUAUCCUCAUAAAAUGUAAUUCUUUUACAUUUUUAACACCUGUCAAAAAUGUUAAGAAAGUAAGUUAAUUUUCACACUGAAGUCAGCUUUUUUUACUGCUUAGUUUCAUUUGAGUGGUUUUUUUUUUCAAGUGGGACACAUGCCUAAUACAUAGCUGUCCUCCAGUGAACUUAGAAAUAAGCUGACUGACUGUUUCGACUCUCUGCUAACAAUACAAAUAAUACUGGAGGGAGAAUUUAAUUUUGUUGUGUAGCAGAUUUUAGCACCCAAGUUUAUCGAAAGUUUGUUUUGUGUGUUCUUUUAACAAUUAUGGUUUAAUUUAUUGCAAUAAAAAAGUAUAAGACCCUUGAUAUGAAACUGAGUGGAGUUAACAAAGUCUAGAAAAAAGACUAAUGCUUACAAACACCAAGUUAUCUUACAGAUGAAGUCUUGUGAUCACCAUUCUUGCACAUUUGUACUCACUUGCACAAUUUAGAAAUAUUUUAUUAAAAAUAAAGAACAUUAUUCUGCACUGUAAAGUGUGUUGAACAUGAUUCUGAAUAAAUAUUACAACAUG